UGCUACGUUCUGGUGAGGGGGUCCGUUCCCGUGUUUUGGACCCAGCCUGGGACCAAGUACGACCACUCCAAUCAUUGAGAGAGGUUAUUUUACUCACACAUUACAACAUGUGCUAGCAGGAAGUAGCACUCUUUUGCAGUAUGCAAUCCUGAAAUUAACCUUGUGCCGUGUGCAUAAGUUCAUAUUCCAUUAUCUAUAUUUAACUACGUAUUAAUUUGUGGUAUGCAGGAGAAGAGGAGACACAGGAGGCAUUCAAGAAGCACUUUGAAGAGCAGUUCUCGCUCUACAAUCAUGUGGCCAUCGCCAGUCUCAUAAACCAGUCUGGAAGAGAAGCAGUGUUGGGAGAAGCGUUCAAGAAACACGUUCUUGCUCUGGACGAACCAAACGUAACCUACGUCACCUUUGACUUCCACAGACACUUCAAAGCCGACCAAAACGGAGCUAUCCAGCGUCUGGUGACUGCCACUCGAAGCCUCAACAAGAAAUUCAAAUUCUGCUGGGUAGACACCAACGUAUCGUCCGGCCCUCUCUGUCGACAGGACGGGGUGUUCAGAGUCAACUGCAUGGACUGUCUCGACAGAACAAACGUGGUUCAGACUGCCUUCUGUAAGGAGGUCCUUCAGUCUGUUCUGCAAAAGCUGGGGAUAAUUCCAUUUGACGAGCACCUGAGCGGAGCGAUGCUCACCACCUACAAGUUGAUGUGGGCCAACAAUGGAGACUGCAUCAGUCGGCAGUACACUGGCACAGCUGCCAUGAAGGGUGACCUGACGAGGUAUGGUGAGAGGAAGUUCAGUGGAAUGAUGAAAGAUGGCUACAACUCUGCUCACCGGUACUAUCAGAAUCUGUUCCGAGACAGCUACAGACAAGUACUGAUAGACCUGAUGCAAGGGGUUCCCCACAGCGAAGCCUUCUCAUCACUGCCUCCCUCUCUGAGAGGCAAAGGAGGAGGUGAGGAGGAGGAAGAAGAGGAGGCAGUGGAGGAGGAGCUGUGGUCUCUGGACAGAGAGCAGGCCAUUGCGGAGAUGGUCCAGCUGUGUCGCGAGGAGCUGUUUCCCACCAAGACCCUCACGGUGGUGGGCUGGGCACUGGUGGAGGCCGCCGGCUACAGCUUCGUGGAGGGCUCGAGGAAAGAGGAGGACUGUGUGGUCCUCCAGUGUAGGGAGCAGAACCAGCUCUGCAUGGCCAGCUAUAAUGUGGAGGAUGAUCAGGUGAACUGCUUCAUUCGUAUUCCCAUGGAGAAGGUCAAGAAGAUAGUCAUUGGUCCACUGGGUACCAUCCUGCGGAGCUCUCAGAAGAGGCUGCACAUGCGUCUCUACUACACUCUCAUGGACUCCAGACAGUGCUACUUCACUCUCAAGACCGUCAACUUUACCUCCAUGGAAGAAGACAGAGAUAUUCUGCUGAGUAUUGCCAGUACCCUCUCCAGCAUCUGUACUAACAUCUUGGUACAGGAGCAAAAGCUUACCAAGAAGAAAGGUCCAGUCCACCAGGGAGUCAUAUAUCUAGUGAUGCCCAAAGAGCUGGCGUGGGAGGAGACCCUCUUGUCAAGAACUAACAAGGCUAAGGGGGGAGAUGGAGGAGAUUCAGUCGAGGAGGGAGAGAUGUGGGAGGAAGAGGAAGAAGAAGAGGAUGAGAGAGAGCAGUCUCUCUCAAUGCCAGCCUCUCCUACUCUGCCUAAGAGACCUGUGCCGACUCGCAGGAUCCAGCGACUUCGCAGUCAGAGCUUCGAUGACAUCAUCUCCAGUGUCAACAACGAAGACAGUCUUUCACCUCCUCCCUCCAUCACUACUGCUGACCACGAUCAUCCUGGUGGACACGUCAGUGCAAGAAACUUUGCCUUUGAGACGAUGCCACCACUGAACUCCGGGUCAGAUUCCGGUACUGAACCACUCCCCCGGCGUGGACUGGGGACAGUCUAUGACCACACCCACCUCAUUAGCUCGCAGCCUGAAAUGGUAUCGAGUGAGCCAUCGUCGUCUUCAUCACGGGGAGAGGGAGGAGGAAGACUCAACCAGCUGAGAGGGAAACUGCUGGGCAGGGUUCGUAGAGGUCAGGGACAGCAGAAGACCCACCAAUCACUGGAGGUUCCUCUCCGGCAAAUCAGACCUCACCGUGACCACAUACCCUCUGAUGGUGGACCUGACAUUGGAGGAACAGGGGACUCUGCUACAGUGGAGGAAACUAUUACUGCUGCCCCUCCCUCUUCCCAGCCACAGCAGGGGUCACAGGUUACCAAUAGGCUACUGGCUGUCGGACAGAGGUUCAGGAAUGCCCCGCCCAGUCUGCUGCGCAGGAUGGGUGUGGUCGGUGGUGGGAGUGAUCAACAUCACGUGACUCAAGCCCCGCCCCCAGUUUUACAGCACAAUGAUGUUGCAAAUGAGAGUGCAAGAAGAAAAUCAAACAGCAAUAUUAUAUCAUUGUAGGGUAUUGAAAUAAUGUGCUCUAAUACUGUAUUGUCUAUUUUGCAUUGUCCAUGGAUACAUACGACAACACUGAAGGGCAAUAAAGACAUUGUAAUUUACAGUGGUAGAUUGUCACUUACUGACAGUGAUAGAGAUAGAUAAUGUGUGGUAGUAAAGUGGAGAUGAAGAUGAAGGCAAAAGUAGUUCAUUAAUGUGCCGUUACAUAUACUGAUUCUGCAGUGGUAUAUAGAGAUAGACUAUUCACUUACUUCCUGUAGUGGUAGAGAUAGACAAUGUGUGGUAGUGAAGUGGAGA